ACAAACCAUCAGAACUAAAAGAAGAACUCAGAGCAUACUUCUCUAUUACAGAUCCAAAACAACUAAAAGAUCUGCGAUUUUACAAAAGAAAACUUAUCAACCACUACAACUUCACAAAAAUACCACUAACCUACUUCGCUCUAUCUUCAGAGAGAGAACCUUUACUACUAACCUACCAUGAAUUAAAUAGCAGAGUCAGACACUUCUUCCCUAUUGACCCAUCACUCAAAGAAACAAAUAUCCGAAAUAUAGCAGAGAUACUUAGAAAAUAUUACAAGUUCAGAAGCAUACCAAAUGAUUUCUUC